CUGGGCAAACACGUGCACACACCACCACCAUCAGACUUUGCCUCUGCAUGCAGAGAGUGCACAUACAAGAAAAGCUUUUUUUUUUUUUUUUUUUUUUUCUUAAAUGAUCUUCGGUUCAUUGAUGAUUGGCAUUUUUAGUGGUUGGGAGCUAAGUAUAUAAACCUGUAAAAGCCUGUUGAUGAUCACACACAAGAAGUUGAGCUGAGAGCAUCAGACAUCACACCAACAGAAGACAAGAUGGUUACACAAAGACAGAAAUGCCUGGAGAACGCCCUCCUCUCAGCAGUGGCAGUGCUGCUGCUUCUGACCACAGCAGGACAGUCGGCAAUACUGCCCAACGAGCUCCAGACCACAGCAACACCUGCUCUGUUAAACUCAUCUCUGCUCACACAGCUCAACAACAGCAGUAUGGGGAAACCUCGGGUUCUGGGCUUACACAGAUCAUGUAGAAGUGAACAUUUAGCAUACUGUGAAAACGGUGGAGAGUGCAUGUACCCCCAAGACAGCGACAAACCUUCAUGCAUCUGCACGUCUUCUUACAGCGGGCCUCGCUGCCUGUUCUUCAAUGAUCGCACUCGCACUCUGCCUGAGUUAGAGCAACUGAUUGCCAUUAUCUUUGGGGUAGCCAUGCUCAUCAUUGUCCUGGCCAUCAUAAUUUUCUGCUUUGCCUAUAAGAGGUGUAUAAAAUGGGCACCACUAAUCAAACCUGCACCGUCUGAGUUGUCAGUGUGACCCCUACAACUCAUCUGUUCGUCAUCAUCUUCUUCAGCGGCACCACCGUUAUUAAUAUUUAUCAAACACAAGCCACAACAUUUCAUCACACUGUAUAAACAGCAGCGUUGGAAAAUGAUUUAAAAAGCAAUUAAGAGACUGUAUCGACUUUUUUUUCUUUAUUGGACAUUUGAUGUGCAUAAAGAUGACCACUAUUCAGUUUCAGUUUGUCAUUCAAACAAGCGAGAAAAGACUAAACUGUGUUUAUUUAUGUUAAACAGAGUAUGAUAUUAAUCACUUCAUUGUCUGUUAAAGAAUGAGGGAGAAUGAAUGACUAUUUAUUGUAAUAUAGCAAUUAACUUAUUGAAAGUGUUCAAUUUAUUUAAAAUGUCAUAAAUGUAUUAAAAUGUAUAUGUGUUGCUGACAUUACUGUUGUAAAAGAUGAAUAAUCAUACAAGCACAUCAUUAUUAACUUA